UCCAAAAUAUGCUACUCUUGUUAUAUUUGUUAAGUGUAUUUUUGCUCUUGUUCCUCAUACUGCAGAAACUAAAAGAUGUUUUUCAACUAUUAGAUAUCAUAAUACAAAAUACUGGAAUAAUAUAAAAACUAGUAUAUUAAAAGUUAUAGAAGAACAAAAUGAACUUGAAGUAUUUACAAAUUUGGUACCAAAGUUUGUAAUUGAGCAAUUAGUUGAUAUUGAUGAUCCUAUUUUAAAAUAA